AAUGGCGCGCUGCUCCAUCCAAUUCCUCGCCAGUGUCGUUCGCGCUUGUGGCGAAUCCAGAGAUUUGGAAGAGGGCAGGCGGGUCCAUGCCUGGAUCGUCGGUAGCGGCAUCUGGCCGGACAGGUUCCUUGCGAAUUUGCUCAUCCAGAUGUAUGGGCGAUGUGGCAGCCCCAGAGAGGCGAGAAUCGUGUUUGAGGAAGCCGCGAGCUCCAAUUCGCUCUCGUGGAGCCUGCUCACGGUAGCGUAUGCCCGCAAUGGGUAUCUGGAGGAGGCCAAGAGGAUCUUUCACAGGAGGCCAGAAUGGGACGUAGCGUCAUGCAAUGCGAUGCUUCCAACCUAUGCCACCUUGGGAAAAGUGGAGGAAUCCAAAGCGGCGUUUGAGAAAAUGCUCGAGAGAAAUGUUAUCUCUUGGAACACGAUGAUCUCUAUGAAUGCCCAGAACGGGUAUUACAAAGAAGCUAAGGUGGUUUUUGACAAGAUGCCUCAGUGGGAUGUUGUGUCGUGGAAUUCGAUCGUUGCAGCGCUCGGAGAAAUUUUUGAUGUUGCUAGAGCCAAAGAAGUCUUUGAAGCUAUGCGUCAGCGGGAUCUUGUGUCUUGGAGCUCUCUCGUCAACGUUUAUGGCCAGAGCCGCCAACUUGUAGAAGCUAAGGCCGUGUUUGAUAGGAUGCCAAACUGGUCAGUAGUAACUUGGAACUCCCUCUCGCAAGUUUACAGCCAAAGCGGAAGUAUAAGAGAAGCAGCAGAGAUUUUUCGAGCAAUGCCCGACAAGAACCUCGUGUCGUGGAACAGCAUGGUUCAAGCGUAUGCCCAAGCCGGAUAUACGAAACAAGCCAAGGAAGUUUUUGAUUCUAUGCCGAGAAGGGACGCUUUCUCGUGGACUGCCAUAGUCGGGGCACAAAACGAGGAACCAUCCGUCGCUCGAGAGUUUUUCUACAGGAUGCCGAUGUGGAAUGUGGUCGCUUGCACUGCGAUGGUUGCAAGCUGCACACAAAGUUUCCAAUCACACGAAGCAUGGCGGAUUUUCGAGACGAUGCUUGCGAGGAACAUCGUGACUUGGAACUCGAUGCUCUCGGGUCUUGGCUCGGCUGGAAACUUCGCCAAAGCAACACUUCUGUUCCACAGGAUGCCGGAGUGGGACUUGGUCUCAUGCAAUGCCAUGGUGGCGGUGCUUGCUCACAGCUCCCAGCUUGAGCAAGCAAAGUCCUUGUUUGAUGCUAUGCCGGAGAAAGACGUGCUUUCCUGGAGCACCAUCGUCCAGGCUUACGCAGAGAAUGGGCUGGUGGAGGAAGCCAAGAGUGCGUUCGAUCAAAUGCAGGAGAAGAACGCAAUGGCCUGGACGAGUAUGAUCAAAGCCUACGCUCACAGUGGCAAUUCUCAUGGUGCCAAGCUCCUCUUUGACAAGAUGCCAGUCAGGAACGUCGUAAGCUGGACGAGCAUGCUCUCGGCUUUCGCCACCACGGGCCAUCUCGGCGAGUCGGAAGCAACGUUUCGCAAAAUGCCGAGCCACGACUUGAUCUCGUGGACGGCAAUGGUGACGGCGUACGCGCAGUGUGAAGCCGCGGCCAAAGCCAAGCAAACUUUCGACAGUAUGCCCGAGAGGAGCUUGUUCGGGUGGAAUGUGAUGGCCUCCUCGUUCGCUGCGAACGGACACCUGGAAGAAGCCGAGGCCGUGUUCGCGGCAAUGCCCGCGCGCGACAUCAUCUCGUGGAACGCGAUGGUGGCGACUUACGGACAGAAUGGUCUCCUCUCCAGCGCGAAACGAGUGUUUGAUGAGAUACCCGAGAAGAACGUUGUUUCGUGCACCGCCAUGCUCGCGGCCUAUACGCAAAACGGGCAUGUCCAGGACGCCAAGAAGAUGUUUGCGAGCUUGCAUGAGCUGGACGACGGUGCGAUGGUCAGUACCAUGGUUGCCGGUUUUGCCCAGCGUGGUUAUAUUCAGGAGGCCAAGCUCCUGUUCCAGAAGUCUACCACGGCGGCGGCGCACCACCAGCAAGACACCGUUCUCUACAACACAAUGCUCGCGGGCUACGCUCAAAACGGCUAUCUUGACGAGGCAAGAGCUUUGUUCGACCGAAUGGCCUCUCGCAACGUUGUCUCCUGGAACUCGCUCGUCCAUGCAUACGCUCAGAACGAGCAGGGAGUGACUGCUCUAGCCGUGUUCCAGGCCAUGAGCUCCGAGGGAGUGAGAGCCAACGAUCUAACUUUCAUGAGCCUCCUCGCUGCGUGCUGCCACCUCGGGCUCGUGGAGACGAGCCGCGAGCUCUUCGUGUCGAUGCUCCACGACUUUGGGAUCAAGGCCUCGCAGGAGCACUACUGCUGCAUGGUGGAUCUCCUCGGCCGCUCGGGCCGGCUGGAGGAAGCCCACGACUUGAUCGAGAGCAUGCCGUUUCUUCCCAGCGAGGCCGCCUGGGGGAGCUUGCUGGGCGCGUGCAAGAUCUACCGCGACGCCGCUCGAGCGGCGGAGAUCGCCGACAAACUCUUGGAGCUCGCCACCGAGAGCUCGGUCCCGUACGUGACGCUGGCCAGCGUCUAUGCCGCAGCCGGGAGGCACGACGACGCUGCUCGAGUGGGGAGCAUGAUGAAGCAACGAUCGCUGGCCAAGCUGCUAGGAGUAAGCAUGAUCGAGAUCGAUGGAAGGGUCCACAAGUUCGUCGUUGGAGAUGCCUCGCACCCCAAGAACGAGGACAUCUACGAGGAGCUGCGGAAGAUCCACGCCGCAAUGGUGGAGCGGGGCUACUCUCCAGACACGGGAGAGGUGCUGCAUUACGAGCUGAGCGACGAGGUGAAAGAACAGCUGGUUUGCUUGCACAGCGAGAAGCUGGCCAUCGCGUUUGGGAUGAUGAGCACCGCUCCAGGAACAGCGCUGCGAGUCCUCACUAACUUGCGGGCGUGCCCCGACUGCCACACCGCCACCAAGCUUAUAUCCAAGAUCUUCAAGCGCCAGAUCGUUGUGCGCGACUCGAAUCGGUUCCACGUUUUCCAGGGUGGUGUUUGCUCUUGCCGAGACUUCUGGUAAGAAGACGCAAGAUUCCCCUGCAGGAUUUAAAUGGAACUGCUGUCCCAGGCUAUGGAUGAUUGACUUCUCUUUUUUGUUACCAGGUAGGCAAGGCUCUUCUACACUCACUUUUUUUAGAAGGACCUCUUCUUUUUUUUAUAUAAAGGAAUAACUAACAUAUUUAAAUAUUU